AAAAAAUAAAACUAGCCGUUGCGGCUUUACACCGUCCUCCAUUCAUAAAAAGGGGAUCGCCACAUCCCAAACCUUUCAGUCUCAGCAAAAAGAAAAAACUCUCAGGAGAAGGAGAAAGGGCUCUAAUCUCGAACUUCUCCCCCUGCAACGAUCUCGAUCAGUUCUCCCUCAAAGAAAAGCUUCCGUUUUGCGUUCUUCUUCUUCAUUCUUAGUCCUUUAGUUUCAUUGUUCUCUAACGUUUUCUUUGGUGCAGGGUUUCUCUUUAUCUUAGUUUUAAUCUCUGUAAUUAUUUAUUUAUUUUGUGUUCUAGUCUUUGUUUUCUUGUAUUUUUUGUUUUCUGCUAGCAAUGGAUGCCGGAAGUUUCUCUUCUUCCAUCCCUUCCGAGAAGGCCCGGCCUGCAUCCCGCCACCCUCUUCGAGAAGUCGGUUCAAGGCCUUACAUGCCUUCUCUCCGCUCCUCAUCGAAGGAUUUUUCUUCCCGGCAGAGCGGAGGAGAUAGAUUCAUUCCGGACCGGUCUGCCAUGGAUUUUGACAUGGCCUACUACCUGCUAACAGAGACAAGGAAAGAGAAGGAGAGCGCUGCAGCUGCAUCCCCGUCCAAAGAGACAUACAGAAGGCUUCUUGCCGAGAAUCUUCUGAAUAAUAGAACUCGAAUUCUUGCUUUCAAGAGUAAGCCCCCGGCACCUGCAGAAGGUUUCCUCCAAGAAGCCCACUCCAAUGUCUCUUCCCAUCAGGCCAAGCCAGCAAAGCCACGGAGAUACAUUCCCCAGUCUGCUGAGAGGACUCUUGAUGCACCAGACCUUGUUGAUGACUACUAUCUGAAUCUGCUGGAUUGGGGAAGCAGCAAUGUUCUGUCGAUCGCCCUUGGGAACACGGUGUAUCUUUGGGAUGCUUCAGAUGGUUCUACAUCCGAGCUUGUCACCGUGGAUGAAGAUGUCGGUCCUGUCACUAGUGUCAGUUGGGCUCCUGAUGGCCGGCAUAUUGCUGUUGGUUUGAACUCCUCCGACAUCCAAUUGUGGGACUCGAGCUCCAGCAACCUGUUGAGAACUUUGAGAGGAGUCCAUGGAUCUCGAGUUGGAUCUCUUGCUUGGAACAACAACAUACUCACAACAGGGGGGAUGGAUGGAAAGAUCGUCAAUAAUGAUGUGAGAAUAAGGUCGCACAUUGUGCAGACCUACCGAGGACACCAGCAAGAGGUCUGCGGGUUGAAGUGGUCUGGCUCGGGACAACAGUUGGCGAGUGGAGGCAAUGACAACCUGCUUCACAUAUGGGACCUAUCCAUGGCCUCUUCAAAUCCAUCUCCAGGCCAGAAUCAAUGGCUCCACAGGUUGGAGGACCACAUGGCUGCAGUUAAGGCCCUCGCGUGGUGUCCCUUCCAGAGCAACUUGCUCGCAUCCGGUGGUGGUGGUGGUGACCGAUGCAUCAAAUUUUGGAACACCCAUACCGGGGCCCGCUUGAAUUCAGUGGACACUGGCUCCCAGGUGUGCUCCCUAUUGUGGAAUAAGAACGAGCGCGAACUGUUGAGCUCUCAUGGCUUUACUCAGAACCAAUUGACUCUUUGGAAGUACCCUUCAAUGGUGAAGAUUGCGGAGCUCACAGGCCAUACCUCUCGGGUUCUCUUCAUGGCUCAAAGUCCAGAUGGGUGCACAGUGGCAUCUAUGGCGGGAGAUGAAACGCUGAGAUUUUGGAAUGUAUUUGGAACUCCUGAAGCACCAAAGCCUACUGCUAAGACAGCUAGUACCGGACCCUUUACCAGUUUUAAUCACAUUAGGUGAGAAAGGAGGUGGAAGAAGGGGAUGGGUCUCUCCAUAUGAUCCUUGAAAGCAUGGCGUGAUGAAAAGAAUUGGGAUGGGAAGACGUAACCUGCUGUAAGAUCAUAUUACUGGCAGACCAAUUUCUCUAGAAAGUAUUUCCCGACGAAGCGUUUGGGGAGAGAGAGUACCAAGCAAAAAAAAAAAAAAACUAGCCGUUGUGGGUUCAGAUACCCCAACACCGUCCUGCAUAAAAUGGGGAUCACCACAUCACAAUCCUUUCAGUCUCAGCAAAAAGAUAUAACUCUUGGGAGAAGGAGAAAGGGCUCUUUUCUCAAACUUCUCCCUGCAACGAUCUCAAUCAGUUCACCCUCAAAGAAAAGCUCUCGUUUUGUGUUCUUCUUCUUCAUUCUCAGUCCUUUAGUUUCUUUGUUUUGUAAUUGUUCUGCUCACUAACGUUUUCUUUGGUGCAGGGUUUCUCUUUAUCUUAGUUUUAAUCUGUGUAAUUAUUUUUGUGUUCUAGUGUUUGUUUUCUUGUAUUUUUUGUUUGCUGCUAACAAUGGAUGCCGGAAGUUUCUCUUCUUCCAAAGGCCUGGCCUGCAUCUCGCCCCUCUCUUCAGGAAGUCAGUUCAAGGCCCUUACAUGCCUUCUCUCUGCUCCUCAUCGAUGGAUCUUUCUUCCCAGCAGAGCGGCUAUGCUGAUGUUUCCAUGCUUUGGAUUCGAUUUCAUGGCUUCCUGAUAUUAUGAGUCCUUUUGAAAGAAUCCUUUUUGCCUCUUUUCUGUCCCUAAGACAUUCUCUUUCCUGAUCUCUGUGGAAAAUUGCUAGUUCAUAUUUGACUUCAUGGAGAAAACAUCUGUUUUUAGGGCUAAAUUGAUGUUUCUGUGCUCUGCAUUUGAUUUCUAGGCUUGCUGAUAUUACGAGUCCUUUUGAAGAUUGCUUUCUUUACUUGAUUUCAUCUUCUCCUGGUCUAAACAUUCUUCGCAGUCUGUGAACAAAUCAUGUCUCCUGGUCUCCGUCCCUCUCUUGGAUGUAUGCUUUUCUUGCAAUCUCUUGAAAGUUCUAUUCCGUUAUGGAAUUUAAUAGUACCUUCUUUAGGUGUUCCAGUUUUUGUGUGAAAGUACUGCUUUCUUGGGCUUAAUUUUUCUUUUUGGUCAAUUGAAGGGAGGAGAUAGAUUCAUUCUCUAAAAAGGUGAAUAAUUUCAAAAACCUCAAUAAUUUACUCAAACAAUUUUGAUUUUAAAUUAGUACAACAGAUAAAACUGAUCUCAUCAAGACUUGAAAUUUAUUCCGAAAUGCUAAGCUUUCUGGAAGUACCCUUCAAUGGUGAAGAUGGCGGAGCUCACAGGCCAUACCUCUUGGGUUCUCUUCAUGGCUUAUAGUCCAGAUGGAUGCACAGUGGCAUAUGCGGCAGGAGAUGAAAUACUGAGAUUUUGGAAUGUAUUUUGGAAUGUAUAGGGUCCUUCACCAGUUUUAAUCACAUUAGUGAGAAAGGAGGUGGAGGAAGGGGAUGGGUCUCUAUCUGAUCCGUGAAAGCAUGGCAUGAUUGAAAGAAUUGGGUUGGAAGACGUAGCCUGCUUUUUGGUCACACUGAGGUAGUUGAAGUUUUGAUCUGAUUUUAGUCAUUUUGAAAUUUAAUAUCAUCAUAUUUUUAUCGCAAUAUGUACGUAUUCUUUGGUUUUCUCAUGUGUUUUGUUGCAGAUCAUAUUACUAGCGGACUAAUUUCUCUAGAAAGGUGAAUAAUUUUAAAAACCUCAUAAUUUACUCAAGCAAUUUUUAUUUUAAAUUAACAUACAAUAGAUAAAAACUAAUCUCAUCAAGACUUAAAAUUUAUUCUGAAUUGGUGAUAUUCAUCAAGACUUGAAAUUUAUUCCAAAUUUGUGAUAUCAAAUUUAUAAUAUUAAUUUGAAUUUAGUGUUGGUAAAAAGUAAAUAAAGCCAAAGAACAUCCUAUCUUUUGUUCUUUUGUUUUGGCCACUAAAUCAUCUAGUAAUAUUAAUUUAAGAAAGGAAAAGCAUAGAUAGUAAUCAUCAAAUUUACACAGAAAUUUGAUUUUUUUAAACGAUCAAUAAUUGUGGUUAAGUUUUGCAGCUGAAGUUUAAACUUGUGGGAGCGGCCCCUAGGAGUAGUCUUGAUGCAGAACAAUUGCAGGAAGAAGAGAGAAGGGGAAAGAAGAGGAGGGGGAAGAAGAAGAGAAAGGGGAAGAAGAAGACAAGGAGGCUAAUUUUCAUUCAUCGUUCAUCAAAACCCUAAACAUGAGGAUGGACCCAUAUAUAUAGGGUCACAAAAUAACAAAUAAACCCCUACAAGUAAAACAAUUCCAAAAAGACCCUAAAAUGACAAUAUACAAAUAAACCCAAAUGAUAUAUGCAAACAAACCCGAUCAAUAUAAAAUAAAUUCAACUAAAAUAAAUCAAUCUAAAAUAAAAUCAGGCUGGUUGAAUCGGCUUGGACCUGCUGAGCUGGCUGGAUCCUGUGGCGACCGGCUGACCUGGCACUGGUGUCUGCACCAAGUCUUUUUUCUCAUCUCAUAAAAAAAUUUGGAAAAGAAAAGAAAAGAGAAUAAAAAAAAUUCAGUGAUUUUUUUUGGGGAGCGGCCCGGUUCAUUGCCUUUUUCAUAUUUUUGUAUACUCAAUUUGAUAAGAAAGACUAAGUAGGACUGGGCACAAUUAAAUUUCCUGAAGUUUAAGCUCGUGGGAGCGGCCCCUGGGAGUGGUCCUUUUUCUCAUCUCAUAAAAAAAUUUGGAAAAGAAAAGAAAAGAGAAUAAAAAAAAUUCAGUGAUUUUUUUGGGGGGAGCGGUCCCGUUCACUGCCUUUUCAUAUUUUUGUAUACUCAAUUUGGUAAGAAAGACUAAGUGGGACUAUGCACAAUUAAAUUUCCUAUAAAGUCGUCCAAAAGGCUCACAGAUUGGUUUGGAUCUUGUACUGUUUCUCUAUAAGAAGGAGAAAUUAUUAGGUGGACUAGGUCCUCCGUAGACCAAUAAUGAAAUUCAUCCUAGAAAUACAUUGCUAUUACACAUAAAAAGAAGAAAGAUGUGGGAAAAGGGGAUGAAUUUCAUCCUAUGUCCAUAGUGAAUCUGGUCUAUGUACGUGACUAUAUCAAUAGUGGGUGGU